AUGCGUAGUAGCAAGAUGACCUCCCUGAGCGAUACUUGCACUGUCUUUACCACAUCUGAUGCAGCUGACAAUGGGCUUCAGCCUUGUUCAGUCGAACUUCUUCGAUUCGUAGCUAUCGCACAAAGACUUGGUGUCGACUUCCUUUUCUUCGGCUCUCGAGAGUAUGGUCUUCCACUCGAUGGCGACGGUGCUUCAGGUGUUGUAACGACACGUCCUUUGACCGCGCAAGCUAGUUUUUCUUUCAAGAGCUUUAAAAAAACUGCUGAUCUCACACAAAAAGCUUCUAUCUACCGAGCUUUAAUAUCAGAGAUCUAUAUCCUACAACACCCGCUCAUCAAGAACCACCCAAACUUCGUCAGAUUAUACGGCGUGGGUUUCGAUGUCGCCCGAAAUUAUAGUGACGAGGGAGAAGGUUUACCCGAGAUCUGGCCUACCCUUAUUCUCGAGAGAGCCAAGGACGGAAAUCUUGCCGCCUUCCUUGGAGCUUCUGAACGUACUCUUGUCUAUGUUCCAUUCACCGCAGGUUGGCAGGCACCUGAAUGGCACCGACGGGCAUUUCCUGUUUCAAGCGCAAAACGCAUGGAUGUUUUUACUUACGGUAAGCUCUGUGCUUGGAUCUUGCUAGGUGGACGGCUGAGCACUACAUCCAUACCUCUGGAGGAUCGGAGGAGCCUGGUGGGAUCCAUUCUGGAGUACCACUUCAACAGGGUCGCUGGACCAGGAUCAGGCGCUGGCCAUCGAGAUAGACAGACUGCCCCAGGUUCCUUGCAAUUUGCCUUUGGAACCGCUAGGAAUGAAAAAGACAGCUUGGAAUGGCUAAGAAAGAGCGGCGUUGACAUUGAGUACGUCGAAAGGAAGCUUGAAUAUGUGGCGAGCCGUGGCAGCUACUAUGGUCCAUUCCAACAUGAUGAUCUGUCCGAAUAUCUCGAGUACGAUACAGGGUGGGAGUAUGCAACGACAGGUCUACUCGAUGAAGCCAUUGCAGCUCUCCAAACCGAGAUACAAGGAAAGGUCGAGCACACUGUCAUCCACUCACGCCUACAUUUACAAUCAGUUCUUGCCCACCUUUUGAGCUACCGUGGAGGCGUUGAAGACCGCGAAAGGUCUCUCAAGCUCCGGAUCGAUAUCGCACAAGAUACAGAACAAGAGCUGGGUGAAGAACAUGCUGAUAGUCUUCGGGCUAAGGCUUUUCUCGCAGUCUCACUAAGAAAUCGACAAAGAGCGGAAGAGGCCGAACCAAUCCAACGACGUGUCCUUGAGAUCCGCCGCAAAACACGCAAAUCUGACCACCCAGACAUUCUUCAAUCCAUGGGAGAUCUCGCAUACACUCUGUCUCUAAUAUAUCCAGAAAACCUCGAAGAAUCGAUAGAAUUGCUUCAACAAGUCUACGAAUCGCACGUGAAUAUAUUUGGACACUCGAACCGCAAAACUAUUGAUUCGUUGAGCCAGCUGAUAAAGGUGCUUGAUAAAGCUGGGAAGAAAGCUAUGACUGAAAAUAUGUGUCGACGGAAUUUGGAUGUUUGCAUACCGUCACUCCCUGCUAGACACCCAAGCAUAGUCGAAACCCAAAUCACGUUAGCCAGAACUCUUCUGGACUCUGGAAGAGAUGAUGAAGCGGUAGCUUUAGCCGAGGAUUGGAUUAAAGGAUCUGCCGAAGAGCUGGCAAGAAUUGACGGGGGAAUCAUUGAUCUCGUCAGAUCUACUCUUGUCAAGUCAGUUUCUAAAAAUCAGGGCCAUAGGUGGGUAGACCUAGCAGAGAGGCUAUCGUCGCUUUCCGAGAUGCGCUACGGGAGUAAGAGUAGAGAUGCCAUCCGUGACAAAGCAAGGGUCGGCCUUUUACUCUACCAGUCGAACCGGUUUAGAGAAUCGCAAACGGUAUGGAAGGAAGUAGCCCACGUUUGGGGUAAUGCAACGCCCAAGAACGAGCUAGAGGAAAUAAAUGCAGUUGCGUUUUGGGGGUUGAGCCUGCUGUACAAUGACCAGCUGGAAGAAGCUACCAAUGUAAUGCUGCAGCUGGGCCAUUUGUCAAAGGGCAAAGACGACAAGACUGUCAAAUCUACAGUGAGAGAGCUACGCCGGGUGGAGAAGGCUUGUCGUGCUGCAGGAUUGGAAGAGCAGGCUAGGUCGCUAGCACAGUUCAGUGACCAGGAGCUUUCAACAGUCACCUAA